GGAGAAGACCAGAGGGUUGACUUCAUAAUAGUUUAGAUAGCUUGACAUGUCUUAUAGUUUUACAGAUUAAAGGUAUGUUUUGAUGUGUUGAUUUCUUCCUGGAAUAUUUUUGGGAUUUCUUCUCUAGUUUUCUUUUCUUUUGUCGUAGAACUGGCAGCAAUUUUGCUGAAAGCAUUUUUGCCUGUUUCACGGACCUUACUUACUUACUGGUUGUACCAAAUCGAUGUGUUGAGGUGACUUUAGUAUCACAGGAAGCUAUGAGUUCCUUGGUCAUAGAAGCAGUGGGAGAGUCCAGUAAUGCAGGUUUUGACAUCAUCCAAAACCGCAUUGAAUCCCUGAGUGGCAAGAUGGACAAACUAAUCCACAUACAAGAAAAGGUUCUCAGUCGACUGGACGGGAUGUCUCAAGAGAUUGAUGAUAUUGAGCAGGAUAUGGAGCAAAUCAAGGUUGAUAAGGAGGAGAUCCAUCUGUCCCCGAAGGUGAUGAACCAGACUCAGGUGAUGGGGCGGGAAGUCCAUGAGAUCUGCCAAGAGAUGAGUACUAUCAUGUCGGUAGUCAACCAGAGGUCCGAGCAGCAGGCUCAGAAGUUGGAGGGGAUGGAGAAGCUGGUCCUUAGCAUGCAGCAGGUGAUCAGCUUCAUUGGUGAGACAGUGAAGUGCUCAAAGGUGAUGCAGAUGAUGUUCAAGGGCCCAGCAACUCGGAAGGUUUCCAGGCACAAAGACAGUAAAGGAAAGCAAGCAACUAAAAGGAAAGCAUCCCCAGAGACAGUAACCAAGAAGCCUGACAAGAAAACUACCUCUAACAAAGCCAAUAAAGGGAAACAAAAGAUAAAUCCUGCAUGUCAGCCCAGUUCUCUGCGGUACUAUCACAGGAUAAAGCCCCGCGGACCAAAGCAUGUCCUUGCAUCACGUAAAUGUGGAAACCUUGUAAAAGAUCAAAAAGUCAAAGAUGGGGCAGAGAAGCCAUGUCUGAGCCAAAAGGGUCUGAAAGCUCAAAAGAAGAUGAAGCCUCCAGAUGCAGCAGAUAGUAUUUCACCAAAGAAGCAGGCUUUGCUUCUUGAAGAAGUGCAGAAACUAAAUAAAGAAAACACAGAAAAGUCUAGUUCCCUGUUCCCACCACUGGAUCUGGAGGCUGGAGGAACUGUUAAAGAUGAAAAACCAGAGCUUCCCUCUUGCAAUCUGGUGGACUAUGUGCAUGAAGAAAACCAAGCUGCUGUGGCUGAGGAGCCUGAAGUUAUACAGGCAACUGAGGAGCAAAAAGACGAGGAGCAGAAAGAUGACAACGAGGUUGAGGAUAAAGCUCAGGAUAAAGCUGUAUUAACAGAGAUCGCUUUGGAGAAAUCAGUCGAAAAUAAAGCAGUAGAAGUAGAAGAACCUGCAGUUCCAGAGGAACCACUGAAAGAGGAUAUUACUGCUGCUGAGGCUGAAGUAGAUUUACAAAUCCUAGAGGAGCCAGCUUCCUAUGAAAAUAAAAAAGAAGACAUUGCCACCAGUGAUGACCACAAAGACAUAACAUCAUGUGUAGAAACCGAGCAGGACCAGCUAACUGUGGCACAAGAGGAAAACAAAGAUGAAAAAGAAGAGCAAAAUAAAGAGGACGAGGAGGAUGAACAGAGGUGUGAAGACUGGGCUAUCUUCAAGGCAGAUGGGGUUGCAAUCCAGCUGAACCUUAAAGAAAAGCUGGAGAGGGAAAGAAAGGAGCAUGUCGAUGAAAAUAAAAUUGAAGAUGAUCAAGCUGAACGCUUCUUCAUCGACACCACCCCACCCCCGACAGCUCCUUUCAAUCAUCGAAUUGUGUCUGCUAAGCCGAACCAGAUCAGAAACUUUUACACGAUCAACUGGCAAGAAGUCCUGGGCGGGGGGCGGUUCGGUCAGGUGCACAAAUGUGUGGAGAACUCCUCAGGUCUCACUUUGGCAGCAAAGGUCAUUAAGGCUCGAAGCCAGAAAGAAAAGGAGGUGGUGAAGAAUGAGAUCCAGGUCAUGAACAAUCUUGACCAUGCCAACCUGAUUCAGCUUUACGCAGCUUAUGAAUCAAGAAAUGACAUCAUCCUUGUACUUGAAUAUGUUGGUGGUGGGGAAUUGUUUGACAGGAUUAUUGAUGAAAACUACACUUUAAUGGAGCUGGAUGCUGUGGUGUUCAUCAGACAGAUAUGUGAUGGCCUUCAGUAUAUGCACAAAAUGUCAGUACUGCAUCUAGACUUAAAGCCAGAAAACAUUUUGUGUGUGAGCAGAGUGACCAAUAAGGUUAAGAUAAUUGAUUUUGGCCUCGCAAGAAUAUAUAAACCACGGGAGAAAUUAAAGGUGAAUUUUGGAACGCCAGAGUUUCUAGCCCCUGAAGUAAUCAACUAUGACUUUGUGUCGUUCAACACUGACAUGUGGAGCCUUGGUGUCAUCACCUACAUGCUCCUGAGCGGUCUCUGUCCAUUCCUUGGCGACGAUAACAAUCAGACUCUAAACAACAUUUUGGCUUGUCAGUGGAACUUUGAGGAGCAGGAGUUUUCAGACACAUCAGCAGAAGCCAAAGACUUUAUUACUAGACUUCUUGUUACCAAUAAAACUUGGAGGAUGGGAGCCUCUGAGGCAUUAAGGCAUCCUUGGCUGUCCGACCCUGUUCUUCACCAUCGUCUUUAUACAAAGAAAACUAUGUGCAGAUCACGGCGAUCUUCAUGCGCCCCACUGAUUGACAUUUAAGAUCUGUACACCAGCAACAUGGCUUCUGCUGUGGUAACUUGGACCAACCCUCUUUGUUAGUGAAAAUCCCACAGACUCCUCAUAAUCCAUUUAAACCUCCUGAGAUGUAGACUAACAUUCUGGUUACCCCACAAAUGUUUUCCUUACAUGUGAUCCCCAUGUUCUAGGAAUGCGAAUAAUACUCUUGCUCAUUCAGCUUUUGUAGAGUUCAUAAUAUAAAAUUUAUUUCUAAAUCUUUAAGUCAGGGAUCUGCUGUAAAGUUAUACUUUAUUAGUUUAACUAUCCUAUUGUUUUAGAAUAUUUAGUAUUCAACUAAAGAACGGUGCUACAAAUAUAUGACAAAUCCUUAUAAUGUACUUGAGGCUGAUUUGUUUGCAAUCUUUGCUUGCAUUAUAUCUGCAUGUUUGGGUCUAGACUUCAAUAUAGAAUUUUAUUUCCCAUGGUUUCCAACAGAAAAUAUUAUUAAUUGUGUGAUACAUUUUCAUGUGUCUUGCAAAUGACUUAGACAUGUUCAGAAAAAAACAUUCUGUUUUUGCAACAAAGGUUUCAAGUAUUUUUCACUGUGUCUUCAGUAUUUCCUGAAAAUCCUGAAUAAGAUCUAAAGCAAAUUAAUAUUUUGUGGCUUUAGCAUAAUCUCACAUUACAAAAUAGGAAGUACAUUAACCUUUUAACAAAAGGGUCAAGGGUCAACCAAGACUGUUGAUUGUUGUUUUAAUCACCUUUAACAUUUUAGGAAAGCCUUUAGU